AUGGCUAUGCAAGACGAGUGCAACCCCUAUGUCCAUCAAUUUAGAUCAGCAUGUGAUCGAUUUGACACUAAUCCUGACCAGACAUUUCAUAUGCGUAUCACUAGUAGUCGAGAGAAAGAUGGAAGAACAUAUGAUACUCCUACCGCAUCUAAAGUAGCUGCACUAAUUCCUGGAGAUUUCAAUUUGGACAUGGAUAAAAGGGAUAUUGUGUUGCAAGAGAAACAGACGGGAUGGCUUAAGAGGAUUAGUGAAAUUCACCCUGCUUAUCUGGCUCUUCAAUAUCCUCUGAUCUUUACAUAUGGUGAAGAUGGGUUCAGACUUGGGAUUCAAAAGAGAGAAACGGACGCAACACCAAAGUUAAAGAGGAAGGCACUCAGCAUGAGACAAUGGUAUGCGUUUCGCUUACAAGAAAGAGAGAAUGAGUGUCAUACUAUUCUCCAUUCGAGAAGAUUGUUUCAGCAAUUUUUGGUCGAUGGUUAUACAACAAUUGAGGCGAACAGGCUGUUUUACCUUAGAAUGAACCAGAAAAGUCUCAGAUCGGACAGCUAUGAAACUAUCCAACAAGCUGAAAACUCGGGCAAAACAGAUAUGCAUGACCAAGGAAGUCGAUUUGUGCUACCAGCAUCCUUUACGGGAGGAGCAAGAUACAUGAAGAAUAUGUAUUUAGAUGCCAUGGCUAUCUGUAAAUAUUUUGGGUUUCCUGACUACUUUAUAACAUUUACUUGCAAUCCUAAAUGGCCGGAGAUCACCAGGCAUCUACAACCCAGAAAGCUUACUGCUGAAGAUAGGCCAGAGAUUCUCUCCAGAAUCUUUAAAAUCAAAUUGGAAUCUCUUAUGACAGAUUUAACAGAUAAACAACUUUUGGGGAAGACAUCUUCGGCAAUGUAUACGAUUGAAUUCCAGAAACGUGGCCUACCCCAUGCACACAUUCUGUUAUUCAUGCAUCCUUAUUCCAAGAUUAGAACAAACGAUGACAUUGACAAAAUCAUCUCAGCAGAAAUUCCAGAUAAAGAAAACGACUCAGAGCUUUAUGAAGUGGUUAAGGACAUGAUGAUCCAUGGUCCUUGUGGAGCUGUUAAUUUGAACUCUCCAUGCAUGGAGAAUGGGCAAUGUUCGAAGCAGUAUCCUAAGACUCAUGUUGAAAAAACAUAUGUGAACAAGGAAGGAUUUCCAGUUUAUAGAAGAAGGAAAGAGGGGAAUGGAUUUAUAGAGAAAAAAGGAUUCAAGUGUGACAACACCCAUGAUCGUGUUACUGUUGCUGUUGAACCUCCGGAUAAUGGUUCGUCGAAAGAAAAUAAUUCUGUACCAGCAGAUGUGAGUGCGCCUAAUUCUGAGACUUGCACAAAUGCAGCUUCAAAAGAAGAUAGUAAAAAUGAGAUCAAAGACUUUUUUAACUGCAGAUAUGUAUCUGCAAGUGAAGGUGGAUGGAGGAUCUUUCAGUUCCCAAUACAUUAUAGAUCAACUCCAGUUGAGAGAAUACAAUUCCACCUACCAGGAAAACAGAUCAUUGUUUUUAAGGAUGAUGACACAUACGAAAAAGUGACCAGCCGAAAGCUCAUUGAAAAUACUAUGUUUCUGGGCUGGUUCGAAUUGUGCAAGGUUAGUGAAGUUGCUCGGACUCUGACUUUAGCUGAGGUUCCAACAAUGUUUACUUGGAAUAAAAAGGAGAAGAAGUUUCAUGAUUGA